CUUAAAAUAGAUUGUUGACAAAUUCCGCAGCUCACGUGGGAUCCCAGAAUUUUUGAAUCCAGCCUUUCUUUUUUCUCUGUAGUGUAAUUAUUGUCUGUGAUAUUAUGUCUCAAGAUUAGGUCUGUUUCUCUUUUUUAUCCGGAGGUCACUGUGAUUUUCUUUUCUCAUCAUCAUGGGCAAAAGAUACAAAAUCAAACGCAAGGGCUUUGCUCAAAAGCAAAAUCCUGAGUCCUAUGCCAAAUUUGAAGAGCCAGAAGAGUUGGUAAGGGCCCCUCAUUCCUUUGUCAUUCAUCGUGGAGAAGUUGGACCUUAUAUUCAAGAACUUACAACCGAUUUCCGAAAAGUGAUGGAGCCAUUCACUGCAUCAUCUCUCCAUGUGCGGAAGAGUAAUCGGGUGAAAGAUUUUGCAUCUGUGGCAGCUCCUCUUCAUGUCACGCAUUUAUGUAUGUUCACAAAUUCAAAAGAAAAAGGACCGAAUCUCCGGAUAGCCCACUUACCCCAAGGGCCAACUCUCACCUUUAAAAUAAAUAAAUACACCUUUGCUAGGAACGUUCUGUCAUCUCUCACCAAACCAAAUAUUUGUGAGAAAAUGUAUGCUCAUUCCCCACUUAUAGUCUUGAAUAACUUUGUGGGAGAGGGACUUCAUAUCAAGUUGAUGGCAACGAUGUUUCAAAAUAUGUUCCCAGCUUUAAAUAUUUCCAAGGUAAAUCUGAAAGAAAUUCAAAGGUGUGUUUUAAUAAAUUAUGACCCUAACACGGAAACAAUUGAGUUUCGCCACUAUGCUAUUAAAGUGGUCCCGGUCGGAUUAGCUAAAGGAGUAAAAAAAUUGGUGCAGAAUAAAAUUCCUAAUUUAGCAAAAAUGGAGGAUAUUUCUGAAUUAAUAACCAAGCCCAGUCAACUAUCUGAAAGUGAAUUUGAAGAUGAUCCAAACAGUCAUGUUUCCUUACCUGAACAUUCAUCUUUCCGUGGUGGCAAUGUUGGCAAUAAAACCUCAUCUAUUCGAUUGUCAGAGCUUGGACCAAGAAUAACCUUCCAGGGAGUUGAAAGCCAGAAGAAGAGCAGAACAAGAGGCCCAUGUUUUAAAGAAGAAAGCUCUCAAAGAACUAAUGGAUAAAAAAUCUCUGGAAGGCGUGAAAAACAAAUUUAAAUCGCAGAGCACCGAAGAGGGUGAAGAAAGCAAACCAACAGAGGGUCCUCAAUCGGAAGAGGAAAGUGAUUAUGAAGAAGUGCCGCAAGAAGAAGGAACAAAGGGGAAGAGGGAUGGCGAUGACGAGGAAGAUGUGGAAGAUGCAAUUGAAUGGUUCCGCAAGGAAGUUGGUGAAGAACCAGGAGAAGAAUUCUUCAUAACUGCUCCCAAAGCAAGGAAAAGACCAGAGCCUCCAACAACGGAAGAGAAAACGGGCAAGUCAAAGAAAUCAAAGAAGUCAAAGCAACAUAAAUUAGAGGAUGACUAUGAUGAAGAGAAAAAAGGAGAAGAUGAUGAAUCGAAACACAUUCCUGCUCAUUUACCACAAUGGAGGAAGAAAAAGAUUGCAAAGCAAAUGAAGGACCAAGGUGAUGGCAAGGACAAGAAGAGUGGGGAAAAAUCACAAGACUCCAAGAAGAAAAAGAAGAAAGAACUCAGCUUAUCCCAGAAAAUUCAUAAAAAGAACUUGUUGAAGAAGAAAGAGAAGAAGAAAAAAUUAUUGAAGAGUAAGCUGAGGAAAAAGGGUUUUCACUGAAAAAUUUAAUUUUUAAACCCAGGUAAAAAUUAUUUUUCUAUUUGUGUAAAUGUAUGUUGAAGAUGAUUAAAAUGAAACCUAAGUACCUAA